UCACGAGAGGGGAGCAAGAAAGCCUAGUGGCUUUUACUCGAAGAUUCAAACGUUUGUCGCAGGCUUUGGUGGAUAGAGGGAUGCUCUCCGAGGUUGACAGGUGCGUGAGGUUCAUGUUGCACCCGCCUAAAGCGAAGAGAAAGGAGGUUCUUGAAAGGGCCCCGAGAGACUCUGCGAAUUUCGAUAGAGUCGCCGAGGUGGUCUUCACGGGAGGGGGAGUAGAUGUGCGGGAGUACAUGAAGGAGAGUUCGGACAUGGCGCUCCGGAGUAUACGUACUCAGAGGAAUGACAAUCCUCGCGGGAACGAGAGGCAUCCUCCGGCGCCUCCCGGCCCUCGCUGGGAAGGAGGACCCCCGGGUUGGCAGAACGAACCUAGUAACCAAGGGAACUGGAGGAGUGACCGAGAAGCUGGAGGGAAUCCGGCUCGUCAAAAGCGACUCACCCUCCACGUCGGUGCACUGCGUUGCCUUCUCACCAUCCUCUCUGACCCUGAUUGCACCCUCCCGAUCAUUCCAGUACGACUGGGGACCUCCACGAGGGUGUACUCAACGUUGUGGGAUUCCGGUUCUCAAGGCGACUUCAUUCACCCACGUGUGGUGAAAGAAGCCCUCUUACCCAUGACAGGGUCUCCGACUCCCAUCUUCGUCACCCUAGGGGAUGAAAAGACUCAGCGCUUCGUCGAUCAGACAGUCACCGACCUCCCUUUCUUCCUCACUCUCGAGCCGACUGAUCGUCCCCCAGCGUCUCGUCGUCACCGCUCCUCUGCACAUUUCGAUGUGAUGGAGACGGGGUACGAUUUCAUUCUCGUCACUCCAUGGUCUCGUCAGUUCCGCAGCAGUGAGGCCGAUUGGGCGACCAACACUCUCGUUCUCAAAACGAAGUGUGGGCAGACGUAUCGCAGCACCCAGCUCCGCUUCUCCUCGUCUUACUAUCCCCAGACUAAUGGUCAGAUCGAGGUCACAAACAGGACUCUCCGAGAUAUUCUCCGAAAGAUUGUUUGUGGCGACCAGCAAUGGGAUCUCCAUCUUGCCCACGCAGAGAUAGCCUACAACCACGCCGUCUCGCCAGCCACGGGGAUGUCGCCUUACUAUUGCGACUUCGGCUAUCACCCUCGUGUUCCCGCAGACUUCCUUCAACCGUCACAAAUGCACCCUGACACGAGUUGUCCCGCGCUGGAUGAUUGGGUUGCACACAUGAUGUCAAUCAUGAAGAUCGCGCAUGAGCACAUAGCCGCUUCCCAGAAUCGCAUGGCAGCACGUGCCAACCGAUCGAGGAUGGAUCAUCCAUUCAAAGUCGGUGAUGAUGUGCUUAUCGACGCCCGCCACUUACAGCUUGAAGCGGACACGCUUCGCAAGUUUCGGCGUCGCUUCUUUGGCCCAUGCCGCGUCUCGUUACUGCGGCCCUGCCGCAGACCGUCUGAGCGUUUCGCCGGACGAUCAUACGAGCGCCCUUCACCCAUCAUGGUGGACGACCACGAGGAGUUCCUCGUUUCAGACAUCAUUGGUCGCCGAGUCACCGACGACAACCCUCCUCACGUCGAGUAUCUCGUACGUUGGAAGGGUUACCCUGAUGAGGCUACUUGGGAGCCCCUCGAGCACUUGCAGCAUGCUCGCAUGUUGGUGCGUGCCUAUGACCAUGCUCGUCGUGCUGGGUUGACUGCUCCUCCUCAGCCCACUGACCCUCCUCCUUCUCCCUCGGCUGAGGAGACCGCUGAAGUCGAGCCGGCUCAAUGCAUUGAGCCAUCGAGGGAAGUACCGGGUGGGGUAGAGGUUAGCCUGCCGACCGCAAGUGAGGGUUGGCACCCCAUGGUGGAUUGGGUCGCGGUUGAACUUAUGGAGAACAUGGUUUACUUGGUAACAAGGGUCGAGUGGCGCGCGGAUGAGAAUGGGGAAUGGAACCCGGACCCGCGGGGGUAUGUGCGCGCGAAAGGACGAUUGUAUGUGUCCGAGGACGGGUGGCGGGAGUUCGGAGUCCGAUUGGCGUCAAGAGAAGAUCCGUUGAGUAUGUUUGAAGGGGCCUGGCAGUUAGUGUGGCAGGCAGCGUUCGAAUUCGCGGACCCGGGGGUUGAUGAUGUAACGACAAAUCUUAGGGUAGCUAUGGUCGGGAGCUUUGAAUUGCCUAGUGAGAACGUCCGGAUGAGAUUUCCACCCUUCCUGGUGGAAAGACUAGGCGGCCUGAAACUUGUCAGGCAGGCGGUGGCCGACCUCGCCGAUUCGACAUAUGAAGACACGUUGGUGCACCGAGAAUAUUAUCGGGCCUUCCUAGAAAUGGGGCCGUUCAGCGGUGAGCAGAGGUAUGAGGUGUUGCGAAUCCUGCGCGUCGUAUUUACCACUAGACCAAGGGCUCCGAUCGUAGGCAGUGAGGUUCUGUGGGUCGUCGUCCGACGAGAAAUAAGUCGGGGGAUGACGAACGAGGAACGGAACAAGGGGUCGAAUCAAGAGUCAGCUAAGCUAGAGGGGACCAAAGAAGAUGGGAAGGGCCUCUCCACGGGGGAAAGUUCAGGGAAAGCUGGGGGUAGCAAAAGAGGACCGCAAGAGAAUAGGGAAGGAAGGGACAACGAAAGGGUGAGUCCUCGGAACUCCGAAGGAACCACGCCCAAGAAAACGAAAGUCUCGGAUGCACGCCGGAAAUUGGCAGAAAUAGAAAGGCGGGCUGCAGAAUAUAAGGCGAGACUUAUCGAGCAAAUGAUGGUUGGGAAUGAAGAGGAUCCCCAAGGGGAAGUUUCACGAGAGAGACGCAUGACCAGUCAGGGCGAAGCCAAGUACGGGGCAAAAGAUAAUAGCCACAAGGAAACACCCAGCAAGAAGGGGAAGGAAAAGGGGGACUUCCCGGCCAUGGAGGCAGAAAAAGCCACGACCCCGCCAACUAUCGACAGCGGCGCUAGUCGUUUGCCCGCCACGCCAAAAGUAACAAAGGGAUGCGAUGGACUCUGGAGCCUCAGAGAGAGGGUGUUAGGUUGGUUUGAUCCGGGGGGUACGCCAAAAAUCGGGGAAAAGCAGAAAGAAAGCAAGGAAGGAGAGGGGACUAGUGCGGUCGGUGAAGCCGGUAGCUCUGAAGGGGGACCCAAGAAGAUGGUAGCCACCCUCACCCGGGCGUUGAACAAGAAUCAGGGGUAUCUCGCAAAUGCAAAGAAGAAACUCACUUUCGAUGGGGAAAACAUUACGGAAUUCCUGAUUGACUACGAGAAUCUGACAGCCUUGUUGAAAUGGACUGAGGAUGAGAAGAUGGACCACUUAGGGCAGCACGUAUCGCUGAGCCUAGGUAGGGACAUUAUGGUUAUCGUUACCUCCAGUGGAUCCUGGAAAGAAACCCGGAAUGAGAUGAUGAGGAAGUACUUGAAGGCGGAGAAAAUGGCAACAGAAGCCGAAUUCGCGGUAGUCCAAAGGAAAAACUAUGCGACUUACAAUGACUUCCUAAGGGCGUUUACUCUAGUGGCACUGCGAAUCCCCGGGGUAACGGACCGUAUAAUGAGCAAGUAUUUCCUUAGACAGUUUUCCGAGUUCGACAAAGAUAAGAUUCUGUCGGCCUACCAGCAGACCACUAAGUUUGAGUACACAAGGGAUGUAGACUUCAGCACGGUAACAGAUCUCGCAGAAAAGACAGUGGUGACUGAGACGCUCGCCCUGCUUAAGGAGGGAGAGGUUAUUGACCUGACUAGGAAGACGGGGGAUAAGAUCAAGAAGGGGAUAGAAAGUUUGCACGAGCGAGUGCACGGGGUUGAUAAUAAGAUAGAAAGAGUGGAGAACGCAUUACUAGUAAUGCAGGCGCAAGUAUCCCGGCCCGCCCUCCCGCCCCAGGAGGCCGUAGUUCCGACCGCUGUAGCAAACCGGGGGUUUGACAAGAGAGAUCCGACUAACGAACAAUGGCGCAGCGGCAAGUGGGCCAUGAGACCAAGAGAAAAUGUGGUACCGGCGGGACAAAGUGUCGGGGACCACGUGAGACCAAGAGAAGAUGUGGUGCCGGCGGGACAAUGUGCCGGUGACCACGUGAGACCAAAAGAAGAUGUGGUGCCGGCGGGACAAUGUGUCGGGGACCACGCGAGACCAAGAGAAGAAGUGGUGCCGGCGGGACAAUGUGUCGGGGACCACGGGAGACCAAGAGAAGAGGUGGUACCGGCGGGACAAAGUGUCGGGGACCACGUGACACCAAGAGAAGAUGCGGUGUCAGCGGGACAAUGUGUCGGGGACCACGUUAGACCAAGAGAAGAUGUGGUGCCGGUGGGACAAUGUGUCGGGGACCACGGGAGACCAAGAGAAGAUGCGGUACCGGCGGGACAAAGAGCCGGGGGCCACGACGAUUGGCUCCAAUGGCCUACCGAGAUGUGUCGGGUGAUUCCCGAGAUUAACGGUGGGUACACGAACGGCAAGUCGGGAUGGGGUAUUCUGGGCAAGAAGGUGAGGGCGACCCCCCACUGGAGUCUGGGUACCGCGCUUGCGACGGUUGAGCUGUGCUUGAGCGGUCCGGAAAUGCCUAUAGAUGUAAGGGAAGGGGUAUCUGUCGUCCUCCCGGAGGAAGGAACGUGGACGGACCUAGAGCCAGCUUAUGAAACCGUGACGCUGGACGAGAAGGACGCGUUCCUCUGGAUAGAGACGAUCUGGACUAAGGUUAGCCUGACAAGACUUUUACCCAGCCUGAUGGACCUAGAAUUCCGGGGAACGGUGGAAGCUCGAGGAUGGGUCUACGUAUCUCAGGAAAUGGAAAAUGCAAUGGUAGUGGGACUGGUAUUAGAACAGUUGUUUAAGCAAGCGGAACGGGAAGUGGUAUGGGCGGCAUGUCAGCGGGCGGAAAUGGAGAUGGAAAAGAUGGAGGUGCGAGUGGAACUCGGAGACUGGAAAAAUAUGAGACGCCUCCUUAGGACGAUGAGAUGCGUGCUACCCCCGUUUCUGGUGGAUGCAGUCUUUGGGACCAAGGAUAGAUUGGAACGGAUAUGUCGGUCGAUGACGAGCCUGAGGCUGUACCAAUGUGCUAGACAGGACUUCUUUAGAUUGUCGGUGGAAGCAGGGCCGUUUGAAGGAAACUGGGCGGAAGAAUUAGCUGAGGUGUUAAACCUCCUCGGCGCGGACGAAAUCUUUGCUCCCAGUCCGGUGCAUUGGCAGAUAGUCUACCGGAAUGUGGCGGCAGGGGAAACCUUCCUGGAGGGAGUGAAGGACCUGUUCUCAGACGAAGAAGGGGAUUUCAGUGAUGAUGAGGAAGGAGAUGAGAUAAGAGGACUGGGACUUCUGAAAAGGGGGAAGGGGCUUACCCGGGAAUGGGUUGUCAACUAUGUGCAGGUAGGAAGCAAUGGCCCGGGAGCGCGAGUUGUGGGACUGCACACCCAAGGGAUGGGAACCAAGACGGGCUGGAAGAGGUGUAGAAAUCACAAGGAAGGCAGGGAAGGAGAGGGGAGUAGUGCGGUCGGUGAGGCAGGUAGCUCUGAAGGGGGACUUAAAAGGAUAGUAGUCACCCUCACCCGGGCACUGAAUAAGAAUCAGGGGUAUAUCGCAGACGCAAAGAAGAAACUCACUUUCGAUGGGGCAAACAUCACGGAAUUCCUGAUAGAUUACGAGAACCUGGCAGCCUUACUGAAAUGGACUGAGGAAGAGAAGAUGGACCACCUAGAGCAGCACGUGUCGUUGAGCUUAGGAAGGGACAUUAUGGCUAUCGUCUCCUCUAGUGGAUCCUGGAAGGAAACCCGGAAUGGGAUGAUGAGAAAGUACCUGAAGGCGGAGAAAAUGGCGACAGACGCUGAAUUGGCGGCAGUCCAAAGGAAAAACUAUGCUACUUACAAUGACUUUCUGAGGGCGUUCACUCUAGUGGCACUGCGAAUCCCUGGGGUAACGGAUCGAAUAAUGAGCAAGUACUUCCUUAGGCACUUCUCCAAGUUUAACAAAGAUAAGAUUAUGUCAGCUUACCAGCAGACUAGUAAGUUCGAGUACACUAGGGAUGUGGACUUCAGCACGGUAACAAACCUCGCAGAAAAGACAAUGGUGACCGACACAUUAGCCCUGCUUAAGGAAGGGGAGGUUAUAGACUUGACUGGGAAGACAGGGGAUAAGGUCAAGAAGGGAAUAAAGAGCCUACAUGAAAGGGUGCAUGGGGUCGACAACAAGAUGGACAGAAUGGAAAAUGCGCUAUUAGUAAUGCAGGCACAGGCGUCCCGACCCACCCUCCCGCCCCAAGAGGCCGUAGUUCCGGCAGUCGUAGCUAAUCGAGGAUUUGGCAGGAGGGAUCCGGCCAACGAACGAUGCAAAUACUGCACAAUGAUCGGACAUUUCGUACGGACCUGUCCAAAACUCAACCACAAUAUCAUGAGAGAGAGGUGCAGUAGGUCCCUCAGAGGAGAAAUUUUCGGACCUCAGAGACAACGCAUAAACUGGAAUUCGCCUGGAGGGAUGCGACGUGCCGUUAUCCUCCUGAAUAACCUGGAUAUAGCUACCGUAGAAGCAGAGCCGGUAACCGAUAUUGUUUGGAAGUAGCCGAGGGGGCGAGAGCGAGACUAGCGCGGAUAGCCGGACUCGU